AUGAAACAAUCUCAAAGCAUUGCAGCUGCUUUAUCUAAACAAUCUGAUCAGAGCAAGAUCGAUUAUAGAAUUCGUCUGGAGGCUUCAAUUGAUUGUGUCACAUUUCUCAUACGCAAUGGAAUGGCACUUCGUGGGCAUGAUGAGUCAGAAGACUCUGAUAAUAGAGGUAAUUUUCUUGAACUUUUGGAAUUUCAUGCUCGUGGUAGAGAAAUAAUACAAAGGGUUGUGUUGGAAAAUGCCCCAAGAAAUCUACAACUCAUUUCUCCUGAUAUUCAAAAAGAUAUUGUUCGUGCAUUAGCUAUGGAAAUAACUAAAGAAAUUCUCAAAGAUCUUGGAGAUGGUUUUUUUGCCAUAUUGGUUGAUGAGGCUCGUGAUGUGUCAAUUAAGGAGCAAAUGGCUGUGGUUAUACGCUAUGUUGAUGGAGGUGGAUAUGUUGUGGAGAGGUUUCUAGGUAUCUCUCAUGUUAAAGAUACAAGAGCAUUAACACUGAAGAAUGAAGUUGAGUCUUUGCUUAUAAAACAUGGGUUGAGUUUGUCAAGGCUAAGAGGACAGGGUUAUGAUGGGGCUAGUAAUAUGAGUGGACAACUCAAUGGGCUGAAAACUUUGAUUUUGGAUGAGAAUUCUUCUGCAUAUUAUGUGCAUUGCUUUGCUCAUCAGCUUCAGUUAACAUUAGUGGCGGUUGCUAAAAACCAUGGUGAUAUUAGUCUCUUCUUUGGUGCUGUUAGUAGCUUGAUUACUUUGGUUGGUGGAUCUUGCAAACGAUUAGAGUUCGUUCGAAAUGCUCAAUUAAACAAAGUUGCAAGGGCUUUAUCAUAUGGAGAACUAGAGACAGGGAGGGGGUUGAAUCAAGAAACAAGUCUCAAGCGACCUUGUGAUACUCGUUGGGGAUCUCAUUUUGGGACACUUGUUAAUUUGGAAUUCAUGUAUUCUGCUGUGAUUGCUGCUUUGGAUGAUGUUCAGCGUGAUGGAAAUGGUGAGGCAAAAGGUGAAGCAAUUCGCAUGUUGAAUCAACUUGACACUUUUGACUUUGCAUUUAUGUUGAAGUUGAUGAUUCAUGUUCUAGCAAUCACCAAUGAGCUAUCUUUAGCAUUGCAGAGAAAGGAUCAAGAUAUUGUUAAUGCAGUGCAUCUGGUUAGUGUAGCAAAGUAUAGAUUGCAACAAAUGAGGGAUAGUCGAUGGGACUCUCUACUUGCUUCUGUGGUUUCAUUUUGUGUCCAAGAAGGUAUUGAAGUUCCUGACAUGAAUGAUCAAUAUGUUCCUCUUGGAAGGUCUCGGCGUAGGGGUCAACAAGUAUCAAAUCUUCAUUACUUCCAAGUUGAAGUGUUCUACACAGUUAUAGAUAUGCAAUUGCAAGAGCUCAACAGCCGCUUUAAUGAGGCUAAUUCUCAACUUCUAUCAUGCAUGGCUUGCUUAAGUCCCUACAAGUCAUUUGCUGCUUUUGAUCUCGAGAAGGUAAUCCAUCUUGCUAGUUUCUAUCCGAAGGAAUUCAGUUCCCGGGACAUCAACUUUCUUAGACUUCAAAUGGAUUCAUUUAUCGGGGAGGUGCAGCGAGAUGAGAGGUUCAAAGACUUGAAAGGAGUGGACGAGUUGGCCAUAAAGAUGGUGGAAACAUUUAAGCAUAACCAGUAUCCAUUAGUUUAUUUGCUUAUUAAACUAACACUUAUUUUGCCUGUUGCUACUGCAAGCGUGGAGAGGUCAUUCUCAGCUAUGACCUACAUCAAAAACAAGUUUCGGAACCGAAUAAGUGAUGAUUGGCUUAAUGAUUGCUUGGUAGGCUAUAUAGAAAAGGAUGUACUUAGUAGUAUAGACCCUGAAUGUGUUGUACAGUGUUUUCAGAAUAUGAAAUCACGUCGUGGUUCAUUGUAG